UGACUUUCAAUAAGUGAUGUCACAUCCUAUUUUGGAUACAAAUAUUUGAAUUUGAAUAUGUUUUAGAUAUAAGAUUAAUUCCUAUAAUUCCUUUAGAUUUGUUUUUGAUGUCAUUUCUAAUACGCAAUAAGCGAUGUAAGAAAAUCUCAUCAUCAUCAUCAGCCGGAAGACGUCCACUGCUGGUUAAAGGCCUCAACCAAAGAUUUCCCUGACGAUCGGUCAUGCGCUGCCCUUAUCCAACGUAUUCUGGCGAUCUUGGCCAGAUCGUCGGUACAUCUUGAAAAAAUAAGAAAAUCUCAUGUUGGAUUAAAAAUAUAAAUACUCCAAAAUAACUUUGAUUAGCACAGAAAUUCCGUAUGGACUACAUGUGGGCACAAUCAUUCAAGACAUUUUACCGCCUUCACGACCUGGCAACUAAUUGGGAAGAAGCGCGACAAAUAUGUGAAGGUGAGGGAACCAACCUUCUCAUACCGGGGACUCUGGAUGAAAUUGAGAAUCUUAAAUUGCUAAUGAGCAACAUGAAAGCUCACUACACUGCGAUUUUUGUUGGAAUUCAUGACAGAUUUGCUGACGGCCAUUACGUUACAGUAAAAGGCGAGCCCAUUACUGGAACAAUAUUGGAGCUAUUGUGGGCUGAAGGUCGACCAGACCAUCUUAACAACAGUGAGCAUUGCGUAGUGAUGACCAGGGAAGGCUUAUUUGAUGACCGCCCUUGCACUGACAUCCAUCCGUUUGUCUGUAAAAUAUUGGGCAACGACACCAAAUACAAUCAGCCUUGUAAAAACUUCGAUAUGGGUUACACUCGUCAUCAAAAAAUAAAUAACAAAUGUUUUAAAUUCCACUCGGAACCAUUGUCUUGGCACGAUGCGUAUUUGGCGUGCCGUUUGGAAGAAGGUAGAUUGGCUAUUGUCAACUCUGCUAAGGAAGCUAGCGUUUUUGUAAGCUUUCUUGGAGAUCAUCUUAACAGUAACACUCCAGACCCAAAUAUUUUGUAUAUAGGAUUCAGUGAUUUAAUGUUUCCAUAUCAAUAUAGAACAAUCAUAGGUGAAACUCUCGAAGCUGCUGGAUAUGCCUCAUGGAAUCCACUACAAGCUAACAACAUACCCGAUAAGCAACAACGUUGUGGAGUAAUAUCUAGGACAGGCUUUUUAGAAGUUACGAACUGUGAGAAACCUGCAAUGUUUCUAUGUGAAAGGGUUAUCAAUGGAGCCAAACCAAACACAAAGCCUACAGAAAUCAUUAAGACAACGACAGAACUGAAUAGUGAACAAGAAGUGUAAACUCCAGAUGAACAAUUUAUUUGUGUGUACACACACAGCUUGUCUAUAGAGAAAAAUAUAAAGCCCUGAAAUUAUAAAACUGC